CUGCUGUCUAGCAGAAACUGAGGGGUAAACUCUCAAAUGGGCGCAGGCUAGUAAGCGAGGCAGGUGGGUGCCUAGUCAGCUGUAUGGCAGGAGAGAAGCUUAUUUUAAAUCUUGAGAGCCAAGGUUCUCAUGCACAAACUCUAAGGCGAGCAGCGGCUAAUGAAAGUAUUUAGGUCCUUGUUUGUUUUCAUUUAUUUAUUAGCUGAGUCUAGCUAACGCGGAAGGCGUCUUCCUCCAGCGCAACCAAUGGUUAUGGUAACGGGUUUAAUGCUCUGCACCUUUUAGAAAGCAUUUCCUGCAGAUUUAAGGAUGUCUAAGCGCCUGAGAAACACUGAGUUGUGCGCCGAUUGUUGUGUUCCAGAGCCUCGCUGGGCCUCCGUGAACAGGGGAGUGCUGAUUUGCGACGAAUGCUGCAGCGUUCAUCGAGGUCUCGGCAGGCACAGCUCCCAAGUCCGUCACCUGACGCAUUCCACAUGGCCUCCAACGCAGCUUCAGAUGGUGCAGACAUUAUACAACAACGGUGCAAAUUCAAUAUGGGAGCACUCCCUUCUGGACCCUGCAUCUGUGAUGAGUGGAAAACGUAAAGCCAGUCCUCAGGACAAACUUCACCCGAACAAAUCUGAGUUUAUUAGAGCCAAAUAUCAAAUGCUGGCAUUUGUCCAUCGCAUGCCGUGCCGUGAUGACGACAGCUCUACAGCAAAGGAUUUAAGCAAGCAACUUCAUUCGAGUGUGCGCACAGGAAAUCUCGAAACUUGUUUGAGGCUGCUGUCUCUGGGAGCACAAGCUAAUUUUUUCCAUCCAGACAAGGGAAACACUCCUUUGCAUAUAGCUGCAAAGGCAGGCCAAGUCUCUCAGGCUGAACUGCUGACUGUGUAUGGUGCUGAUCCUGGAGCUCUAGACAGCAAUGGCAAAACUCCCAUUGACCAUGCAAGAGAGGUUGGUCACUAUGACCUGGCAGACAGGCUGGUGGAGAUUCAGUAUGAGCUCACUGAUCGACUGGCGUUUUAUUUAUGUGGCCGAAAACCAGAUCAUAAAAAUGGCGAGCACUUCAUUGUUCCCCAGAUGGCUGACAGAAGCCCAGAUUUAACAGAACUUGCAAAAGCCGCAAAGAGAAAACUGCAGUCACUCAGUAAUCAUUUAUUUGAGGAGUUGGCCAUGGAUGUGUAUGAUGAAGUGGACAGACGAGAGACAGAUGCAGUGUGGUUGGCAACACAGAAUCACAGCACCUUGGUGUCAGAGACAACUCUGGUUCCUUUCCUUCCUGUAAAUCCAGAGUAUUCAUCAACAAGAAACCAGGGACGACAGAAGCUCGCAAGAUUCAAUGCACAUGAAUUUGCAACUCUGGUCAUUGAUAUUUUAAGCGACGCCAAACGCAGACAACAAGGGAAUUCUGCCGGCAGUCCGAAAGACAAUGUUGAACUCAUAUUAAAGGGCGUGGCUGUCAGACACAGCAGUGAUUAUGACAGUGUGGCUUCAGAUGAAGAUACAGAUCAAGAGCUCCCUUCAAGCAAAGGAGACAGAACCAAGAGCCUGGACUCUGACAUUUCUGAUGGCCCUGUAACUAUGCACGAAUACAUGGAGGUGAAAAAUGCGCUCACUGCCUCCGAAGCUAAGAUCCAGCAGCUCUUAAAAGCCAAUGACGAUCUGAACGACGAGCUGAGGCUGAUGCAGAAAAAGCUGCAAUCUCUGCAAAGCGAGAACACCUCUCUCAGGCGGCAGGUCACAACAAAUGUCUAUCAGACCCCCAGCGGUACAGACUACCCUGACCCAUCCAGCCCCUCAGCCCUGAAACGCCGGCAGUCUGCGCGGGCCAGUCGGCCCAUGUCAAUGUAUGAGACGGGCUCAGGCCUGAAGCCCUAUCUUUCCAAAGGGGAAACUCCUUAUCCAGAGGAGGGUCUCCCCAGCCUGCAACCCUUUCCGCCUCAUACAGAAAGGGGUGCAUUUGUGAACUCUUCAUCCCUUCCUUCAUUUCCAUCCACCCUGUCUUGGUCCAAGGACGACACUUCUCAAACGACCUCAAAGCUGGAAAAGCAAAGCAGCGUGCCAGAAAGCGACUAUGACAACACAUUCAAUGACUCAGAGAUGGAUGAUUCUGGCUUUGGCAGGAGGGGGAGGCUGAGGAGUAGUGGGUGGCUUGGAGAGGGGAACAACUCCAUCCCUGAGCUGGAGGAUUUGCAGACGGAGUUGGACCCCACGCUGCCAAGCACGGAGGACGUCAUCCGCAAAACGGAGCAGAUCACCAAGAACAUUCAGGAGCUCCUGCGAGCUGCUCAGGAUAAUAAACAUGACAGACCAUGUGAGCGUGAGGGAGUCCGACGACUCCGUCACAGCCUGGGAUGUUUCAGCACUCUGGUGCCAUGGGCUGAGAAGGCCUCCUCCCCCCUCCAGCCUCUCAGCCUGCGGUCCCCUGACCCCACUUCCUGCUUUGCCUCCUGCUCAGAAAGAAUCCAUGUGGCUGUAACAGAAAUGGCUGCCCUCUUCCCCAAGAAGCCACGCUCAGAGAUGGUGAGAGGAUCUCUGCGCCUGCUGACCACAAGCGCCUGCCGCCUACAGAACGAGUGCCGGAAAGCCGUGCCUUUGGACGGCAGCUCAGGGCCGGACAUGCAGCUUGUCACCCAGCAGGUCAUCCAGUGUGCUUAUGAUAUCGCCAAAGCCGCCAAGCAACUUGUUACCAUCACAACAAAGGAGAAUACUAACUAAACAGCCCCUGGCAUGCCCCAAAGCCACCAUCUCAGUAUUGUUCCUAUACUUUCAGUGACUGAAAAAAGCAAAUAAAAAAAUAUUUUUAAUGUA